AUGGCGGCGUCGAUGAAGAUCAUCUUCGGCCUCCUCACUUUCGUAACCGUCGGGAUGAUUAUCGGUGCGUUAUGCCAGUUAUCAUUUAUAUGGAAGCUGGAAGCCUCGAAUGGAAUUUCUCAUUGGUGGAAUUUUAAAGAAGCAGAGGUCCUAAGGCUUGGACAUGUCCAACCUGAAAUCAUUAGCUGGUCCCCAAGAAUUAUCGUAUUACAUAAUUUUUUAAGUAUGGAGGAAUGUGACUAUCUUCGGGCCUUAGCCAAACCCCGCCUUCAGGUAUCCACCGUGGUGGAUACAAAAACUGGAAAGGGUGUAAAGAGUAAUGUGAGGACAAGCUCUGGAAUGUUUCUCAGUUCCUCCGAGAGAAAGUAUUCUACGGUACAGGCUAUUGAGAAAAGAAUUGCUGUCUACUCUCAAGUUCCUUCCGAGAACGGUGAGCUUAUCCAAGUAUUGAGGUACGAUAAGGGAGAGUUUUACAAGGCUCAUCAUGACUACUUUUCCGACACUUUUAACAUUCAACGUGGCGGCCAGCGAGUAGCAACAAUGUUGAUGUACUUGAGUGACAAUGUCGAGGGUGGUGAAACAUAUUUCCCUAUGGCUGGAUCAGGCGAGUGCAGCUGUGGUGGGAAGCUCAUGCAAGGUUUGUCCGUAGAGCCAAUCAAAGGCGACGCGGUGCUCUUUUGGAGCAUGGGGCUGGAUGGACAAUCGGAUCCGAAGAGCAUACAUGGAGGAUGCGAGGUUCUCUCCGGAGAGAAGUGGUCAGCCACGAAAUGGAUGCGGCAGAAAUCUGGUUCCUAA